GCUGCGGCAGAGAAUUUUACAUCUCUGCAUCGGUCCCUCCGGGACCUGCCGAAAAGCGCGGCCCUUCGCCUCUUUCGGGCCUUCGCCAUGGCUGAUGUGGAGCCUGACCCCGAGAUCCUUGAGUGGGAAGGUGUUGGCUGGAAAGCCACCUUUAUUCCCCUCAUUGUCAAGCCCCACAUCUACUACAAGGAUGCUGCUGCAGAUGGUGCCCUCAGCUACCUUACUUGGGGGCACGGCACUGAUUGGAAGUCCCUGCCCUACAUCCUUCGGGAGGGUUUGGUUCGCCCUCAGUCGUGGGAGAGGCAGCUUGCCUAG